GGACCCGACAACGCAGCAAACACGCAAGGCAGCGAGUUACUUCGAGGCCUCGGCGGAUUCGUGUCGCCUCACACAUUUCCUUGAUGAGGGAAACGCGAGCAAUUCAUGGUUUCUCCACAGUCUCUCUCUCUCUCUCUCUCUCGAGAAAACACUGUCUUCUGCUGACAGGGCGUUGAGCACACAACCCUUCACUUGGACGCAGCAGCAACAAAGCCCGCGCACACCCCAUGCCGACGCCCUCCCCCUUUUCCCUCACUUACAGCUGGUCCGGCGAGGACGACGGUGACAGACUCUCUCACCGCGUGGUGUGCCUCCGCUUGGAGGAGGAGGGAAUGGAGCGGGCAGAAAACUUGGUGCAGAGCGCCCUGCACACGACGCCUCUUUCACCUACACGGAGCACCUUGACAAAUCCUGCAGCGGCGCCGUGGAUGGAGCUGACAGUAGGUGACCGCGGUGUCUUCGCACUGUGCAUCGUGGCCAAUGCCCGUGUGCUGGAGAUCCACGAAGCAACCGGAGGAGGAACCAAUACGAAAGGUGAGGCAACGGCCACGGCACCGCUACUCACGCAGGAGGCGCAGCUCGCCGAUGCAUCGACAAACCUGUACGCCCACUUUCUUUGCCACGGCGGCGGUGGUGCCCUCUUUCCCCCGCUGCACGUCUACCGGCUGAAAUUGUUCGGCCGCACACCCCGCAGUGAAGUCUGCGUCGCGAUGACUUGCCUUGUGCUGUUGAAGGAGGCUGCGGUGCCUGCGCCGUGCCUGGCUACUUCCACCGAUCCCUUAGUGGCAGGGGAAGCGCUGGGACACACUGCCGGGGCAGGCGGUGCAAAUGUGGUGGAGUCCCUCCUCGGACUGCAGCGGCAGCUUUUUAUGAUCGAGCGGCGUGUUGCGACGGCGUUCGACGAUGUGAGGCAGCGAAUGGCGCGACUGGAGUCCCGCGUGGAGCAGCUAGAGGCGCCUGUGACGGAGGCCCAGACUACCACCGAUCCGGCAUCGACGCCAGCACAUACCACCUCACAGGCUUUUCAUGAGACGAAGGAGGAGGAAGAGGAGGAGAGAAGAUCGGCGUAA